ACGGCACCGAACUGGUUCCUGUGAAACUUCCAAAGAGCUCUGGCUGCUAAUGAAUCGGGCGAACAAGUUCGCUCUCCAGAAACCCUUUCAGCGCCACAUCGUGAAAACUGAUCUCGGAGGGCGGUCCGCGAAACGCGAGAAGAAAAUAAAUAAUUCGUUUACAAAUAAUAACAGUAUCCGUAGCUAAGUACUUUGUGGAUAUUCUGAGUCACGCAAGAGGAAGGAGAGCAAAGCAACGUUUGGUGCUGUCUCGAAAUAUUCACUGAAAAACUGACCUCACUGUGAACAAGAGGCAUGCGAGUGGUCAGUCACACUUUACUGUGUUGCUUAGAGGAUUCCCUCUGAGCGGAGCAGCAGCGAGGGACAGGGAUCCUGGGUUGGAACAGAGAUGCACGUGUGUGUGCCUGGACUAGAGCUGAGGGGCGGAGAGUGAGCGAUAGAGGAAGGCAUCGUCUCCGUCCCUCUGGGCAACAGGAAAGACCAGCGGCGAUGCUUGUGGUGGCCCUGCACUGAGGGUGGGUCCGUCCCUCUCGACAUGCAUGCCCCUGGAGGAGCGGCUGCCCCCUGGCACUCUCCAUCCUCCGGCAGGGCUCUGGCCCGCAACCCUGGUGUCAGUAUCAGGCAGAAGAUCUCCCAGUGGGAGGGCUUGAGCCAGCUGGCUGCAGAAGGUGGCCACAGGGCAGCCUCUCGCACCCUUUCGGACAGCUUGGGAAAUGGAAGCUCCAAGGCCAGUUUAGCUAAAGCCAAAAGCCUAGGCUUGGAUUUCAGGGAAGGCCAGUGUUGUGGCAUCAGACAGCAGCAGAAGCCUCUCCCCUGUGGAAAAAACACAAUUUCGGCAAAUGGAUUGGGGAUACAGAAGGAUGUGGCCGUCAAGGAGCCUGACGAUGGCCUUCUGCCGGAGGACCCUGGACAAUCUCUCCCGCCUGGGAAUUUCUACACUUCGCGGGGGUUCUGGAAAAAGAUGGAGGAAGUCCCCUGGGGGAAGGAGGCCGGUGCUGUUCAUAGUAAACAGAGGAGCCCCGACUAUGUGGAGAAAGGGGUGCAGGUGUCUGUGGAUAGGCCUUGCCCUCCCUGCCCUCCACCUAAGCCCCAACGCACCUUCCAGUACCUUGGGGAGCACAGCCCUCUGGGGUAUUGGCGCCAAUGGGAGAGCUCAGCUCCAAGACACAACCGCUCAGAGGGAAGGAGUCGACCCCUCCACACCUCUCCUCCGACCUGCCCUCCUCCGCCUUGCCCCGCCGCCCUUAGCAACGGCAUCUCCAGAGGAAAGAAGAACAGGAAGUCCUUUGAGUUUGAGGAUGCCGAGCGGCUGCAGUUCCUCGUGUCCGGCAGCACGGAGGGCUCCGGGGAAGCACGGCGUUCGGGGCUGUACCACACCAUGUCCGAGGACAACAUCUACGAAGACAUCAUCUACCCUGCCAAAGAGAACCCUUAUGAGGAUGUGAAGCUGUCUCCUGUGUAUGAGCAGAAAGGGAAGACUAUACCCAGGCAGCAGCAGGACAGGCUGCCGAAGCUGCCUCCAAAGCCCUCCACUCUCUUCAGCCGACAGGUGCCCACCAGCAAAACGUGGCGGGGCCGGGAUUUUGGGAAGAGGGAGGUUGGAGCGUCCCCGCUGAGGUCGCCCCUGACCACCUCUCGUGGCACAGCUCUGGAGGGGGGAUCCCGUCUGCGCAGACAGCCACGGUACGUGAACAGGAUUCAGGAGAUCUUUAAUGCCAAGAGGGGAAAGAAACGAGUGAAGACCCAACUGACGAGUGGCCAGGAGGGCCCCAGCCGAGAUGAUGCCAGCGGGACAGAGAGUGAUCCAGAAGAGAAUGGCAAAGGCCAGGCUCGCCGCUCAGUCUAUGUCCACUCCACUCUUCGGAGGAACCCCCGCUACCAGACCCUGGAGAGGGACCUAUUCGAGCUGCAGGAGCAGCAGCUCUUCGAGCUGUUUGUUGUCGUGUCGCUGCGAAAGAAGCCCUCUGGAAACACGUACACACCAGAGAUCACACAGCAGUUCCCCAACAAGUUUGAGAAGUCCACUCGGCAGUCCAAGGACGCUGAGGACAGGCUCCAAGCCAUUCCCCGCUUCUGCUUCCCAGAUUCCCAGGACUGGCGUCCCACUGCAGAGAUCACCAGUGAAACCUUUUCCUUCGUGCUGACGGGAGAGGACGGCAGCCGCUGGUUCGGCUAUUGUCGGAAGAUUCUGCCCAGUGGGAAGGGGAAACGGCUUCCUGAAGUACACUGCAUCGUCAGCAGGCUGGGCUGCUUCAACCUCUUUGCCAAGGUGCUGGAGGAGGUGGAGAGACGCAGGGAGAUCUCGCCCGCACUGGUCUACCCGUUCAUGCGCAGUGUCAUGGAGGCCCCCUUCCCCGCGCCUGGGCGUACCAUCACUGUCAAGAGCUUCCUGCCUGGCUCUGGGAACGAGGUCUUGAACCUGUGUCGGCCGGUGGACUCUCGACUGGAGCACGUGGACUUUGAGUGCUUCCUGCAGUGCCUGAGUGUGGGCCGCCUGCUGCAGGUCUUCGGCUCACUGCUGCUGGAGAGGAGGGUUAUCUUCGUGGCAGACAAGCUCAGCACCCUGUCACGCUGUGCCCACGCUGCCAUCGCCCUGCUGUACCCUUUCACCUGGCAGCACACCUACAUCCCUGUGCUGCCCGCCAGCAUGGUGGACAUCUCCUGCUCGCCCACGCCCUUCCUGAUCGGCGUGCUGUCUGGCACGCUGCCCGAGCUGCUGGAGCUGCCCAUCGAGGAGGUGCUCAUUGUUGACCUUUGUGGAGACCGAUUCAUCCGACAGAUCUUGGAUGAAGACUGCAUCCUUCCUAGCAAGCUCCACGCAGCCCUGCAGCAGAUCCUGGAGCAGCGUGAAGACAUCCUGAGGCAGGAGGACCAGACGCUGAGGGACGGCCCUGGAGGCAGCCUGAGUGAGCUCAUCUCGGAGGCCUUUGUGCAUUUCUUUGUGGAGCUGGUGGGACACUACUCCCUCCACAUGGGCGGGGGGAACGGGGAGCCGCGAGCGCUGUGCCGGGAGGCCUUCCGGAAGUCCCACCCCUCCCGUGGAGCCAGGCAGUUCUUACAGCUGUUCAUGGAGACCCAGAUGUUCGCUGGCUUCAUCCAGGACAGAGAGCUCCGCCGAGGGGGUGUCAAAGGGCUUUUUGAGCUGAGGGCUGUGGAGCACCUGGAGUCGGCACCAGAGCCAGAGCCCAGUGGAGUGAACAGGUUCCUGAAGGGUUUAGGAAGUAAAAUGAAAUUCCUUCAAAAGAAGUAAAACUGCAGAAUGUCAUGAUGGGACAAUGCAGAUAGCAGUAUGGGACCAGUCAGCUGUGGCCACACCCCUCGUUAGAGUGGGCAGAACUAGCAACACAAUCUGCUUCUGCUUGGCUAGACACCUGUGCCAGUCCCAGGACUGUCUGGCCAAAGUUUCGGGAAUGGGGAUUAACUGGAAACAGCCAAUGGAAAGACGUGAUAGAAGAAUCUCAAUACAAACUUUUGGAAAAACUGGAAGAAAGCUGCCUAUCAACCUUCAUAGACAUUUCCGGGAAAGACAGGACAGGGUAUUUUUUCUGUGAAGUUAAAGGAGCAUUUCCUAUACUUUAAUUUAUGCAAAUAAUUUAUAUUAUCAUUAAUCUUAUUCCUGCAACCUUAACACCAUCUUGGUGUAUUUUCUGACAAAAACACUUCUUGCUGUUAUACUGGAGAAAACUUCUGCAAUGCUCAAUUUUAUGGAUUGGUUGCAUCAGUCAGCAGCACAGAUCUCUUUAGUGGUAUGUUCAGUCUUUACUGAUUGAGGGGGCGGGUGUGGCUGUUGGGAACUAUCCUAGGUGCUGAACAAGAUUUUCAAUGGUGGUUUCAGUUUUUUUACAACUCCUUUACAAAUAGUACAGUAUAGGAAAUUUGCUUUUUGAUUUCAGCCUAUGGAGUAAGUUUUCUUAUUAAAGAACACUCCUGUGAAUUCUCUCUUACUUUUAA